GUGGAGGCGGGACUUAAGCUCUUCAUCCAAUCACAUCGGUCGCUCUUCUCCUCUGCUUCUCCGCACUCAGAAACAUGGCGUUACGGGAGUUAGCAUCUUUGGAAAAAUACUUGGGCCUUAAAAAGCCGAACAAGUAUAGCACACAGGGAGAUAAAAAGGUUCCUGUGUUACAGAAUAAUAACGCCCCCCCACUGGUGGGACUGGUGACCAUUGCCUGUCACCUGGUAAAAGAGGCCAAGCGCCCGGAGCUGCUGGGUGACGGUGCAGAAGGCAGGGCAGUGGUGCAGCAGUGGCUGGAGUAUAGGGUGACCAAACUUGACAGCCACAUAGAGGACACCAAGAGCAUCCUGAAGGACCUCAACCUCUACAUGCAAGACAAAGUCUACCUGGCAGGGAACCAGUUAACCUUAGCUGAUGUUCUUAUGUACUAUGGAAUACACUCAAUCAUACUGGACUUGGCCGUCCAGGAGAAGGAGCAGUACGUGAACGUGGCGCGGUGGUUCGACCACAUCCAGCACCACCCAGGGGUCCGACACCACCUCCCCCCAGUAGUUGUGCUCAGGAACAGACUAUACACCAGCAGACACCACUGAUCCCUGACAUCAUCAUCAUCAUCUUCCUCCUCCCCCCAGCCUUACUCGGUACUAAUCUCCUGACCAGAUCUGGACAACUGAUCUCCUAAAGUACAACAUGGAUCAAAUUAAGGAUCUUGCCACAUCGCCAUAUCAAUGUUCUCUUAUUCAAGUUCUGUCAACAAUAUGUCCCCGCUGUUUUUUUUUUUUUGUCGAGGAUAAGAAAAAUAGUUGAGUUCUAAAGCAAUGUCUGUUUUUAAUAACUAAUCAGUGUCUCAGUCUUGCAAGCACUAUUUAUAAAGAUUCAGGCGUCUUAACCCUCCCAGUUUUUCCACAGAGCAGUGAAAUGUCUUAAUCACAGAGUUCAGGUAUUUUUACGGCAUUGUUUGUUUUUAAAGGGAAAACUGUAUGCAAUGCAGUGCUGCUAGCUUUUCUGUUGGUGAAUGUUGUUUUUGUUUAAUCUGAGCCUGCAGUCGUCCAGGCCGUUAUCGUAGGUGAACGGACUUGACUGGCAGCGCAUUACGUCCCGAGCUCUUGCUUGAUGUGGUUGCUGGAUUAAUGUUGUAACCCUAUAAACACCACAACCCAUAACUUUUGAGAUUUUACCUCAUUAAAUCUCUCGGCACAUUUCUUCUCUCCCAGCCCCUCGUCGUAGUUUCUUUGCAUGUGCGUCUCGUUCUUUUUGUGUUUUUUUUCAAUCCCCGCUCUCCAUUCCACUUCCUCGCCACCAGUUGUGUGGGCAGCAGCGAGCAGUUAAACGUCAGCCCUAGAGUCGGCGAUCAGAGAGAGGCCCCAAUCAGUCCCACUACCACCACUGUUGAUGCUGCGGGCCACGGAGAGGGCAGCGGGCUCACCAGCUGCCACACAGAUCCAGCCAGCCAAGGCCAGAACCCGAGGGCCCCUGGGCGACAGUCAGCCACUGUGUGUCAUUUCACCCUCACGCUCCCACAGGGGGCUACUGGAGAGAGAAGGACGAAGAGAGGCAGCGAGCGAGUGAGCAAGCGGAGUGUGUGACGAAAGGACGGAGGCCACACAGCAAAAGAGCACCCAGAGGCCGAGGGAUCUUUUUUGUGACAAGUGAACAAUAAUCUGCGCCUCCUAAAGCCCGACUGCUGCUGGCUGGAUGCUUCCUAUUAGCACCAUUAACAGGCCCGAUCCCGCCAGUGCUAGGAGAGCUGGUGUGUUUGCAUCAUGGAGGUAAUGAGAAAUGGAAAUGCAGAGAAGAUGAGAGGUACAAUUUGGGUAAUAACUUAUAAAUACCUUCUACUGAUUAGUCUGUGUGACCUUUAAAAUAUUCAGAUCUCUUGGAGUCUUUUUAAGCUUUCUUGGUUACUGUAAACAGUUUUUGUUUCCUUCCUGCUUACAUGCUCUGCAUAUUAAAAUUAUUGCUCAAAGCGAGUUUUUCUUUUCUUUUUCUAUCUGAUGUCAGCAUAUUUUUCAUCCUGUGCCAAUAAAUCAGAUACAUACAGA